GAGAGAAAUGGAUCUGGAGCGGCAGCACGAGGUCUUGGAGAGAGCACGGUUUUGCAAACUCAUACGGUGCCCUUGCGGCAAGUUCGAAAAGAGCUGGAGCCCUGGAAGCAACCGUUGUUGGACGAAUACAAGUCCUUGACAGAGAUCACCGGGGCUUUGGUCGUCACAACGGAGAAGGAGCUUCAAAAGGAUCUUCGCUACGCUCAGAUGGAAGUAGCACCAGCCAUGUUGGUACCUACUGUGAAAGCUCCUCAUGGAAAACGUCGGGCCCGGAUAGUCAUUUGUGGCAAUCGCAUCGAAGCUAAGAACCCUGAUGGUCAACUUGCUACAGAAGGUCUUCACGGUGGGCCUGGGGAUUCACUUUUUGCCAACUAUGCUGGUGGAGCAGAUGGAGUUCUGCUUCGAGCACUUUUGAGAAAAACUGGUGCCAAAAAGUGGCAGUGCGCAACGGUGGACGUCAAGACCGCCUUCUUACUUGCACCACGGCGAGGGGCGGGCAAUUGGUCCACCUAUAGAAAUGACCUCUUGAAGAUGUGGCAGUGGGAUUGCAAUGGACGUAG